AUGGGCCUGAUCUGGCUGCUGCUGCUCAGCCUGCUGGAGCCCGGCUGGCCCGCGGCGGACCCAGGGGCGCGGCUGCGGCGCGAUGCGGGCGGCCGCGGCGGCGUCUACGAGCACCUCGGCGGGGCGCCCCGGCGCCGCAAACUCUACUGCGCCACCAAGUACCACCUCCAGCUGCACCCGAGCGGCCGCGUCAACGGCAGCCUGGAGAACAGCGCCUACAGUAUCCUGGAGAUCACGGCUGUGGAAGUGGGCGUUGUGGCCAUCAAGGGGCUCUUCUCUGGGCGGUACUUGGCCAUGAACAGGAGGGGACGGCUCUACGCCUCGGAGCACUACAGCGCCGAGUGCGAGUUCGUGGAGCGGAUCCACGAGCUGGGCUACAAUACAUAUGCAUCCCGUCUGUACCGCACGGCGCCCAGUGGGCCGGGGGCGCGGCGGCAGCCAGGCACCGAGAGACUCUGGUACGUGUCUGUAAACGGCAAGGGCCGGCCUCGCAGGGGCUUCAAGACCCGCCGCACGCAGAAGUCCUCCCUGUUCCUGCCCCGAGUGCUGGACCACAAGGACCACGAGCUGGUGCGGCUGCUCCAGAGCAGCCCGGUGCAGGCCCCGGGCAAAGGUGUUCAGCCCCGGCGGCGGCACCGGAAGAAGCAGAACCCGGGGGCCCGCCGUGGCCAGGAGCCCUUGCAUGUUCAGGCCACCAUGGGGCUCUGAGGGGGCAACAGCGGGGACUCGCCAGGCCUGAGCCCCACGGUGUCACGGCUGCUCUGACCCUGGGAUCCUGGGAUUCCGACCGAGGGGCACCUAGGAGUCGAGCCCUGGGGAGUCCUGCAAGAUGCUGGGGGUCACAUGGACAAGGGCCUCAGGCUGGCAGACAACACGCACUGAGGUGCCCCCCCCAAGAUGUCCCAGCAGCCCUCAGGGGUGGACAGUGACAGUGGGGGGCUGUGUAAUGGGAACAUUAAAGUAUUUUAUUCUACUUUUA